UGGAUUGAGUGAAGCAAGCACAUUUCCUUCCAGAGUUUCCAAAGAGUGUGCUAAGGAUACAUUGCUGACAAAUUUGGUCACCUAUUUCUCUUACAGCUGUGAAACUCUACAAUACAAUGUUUUGUGGCGGUUAUCAAGUUCAAGGGACUGUGUUCCCAAAUCCAAAUUUUGAUCCAAUUAUUGAUGCCCAGAUGAUUGGAGGAGCCCUUCAAGGUUUUGGAUGUGACAAGGAUGUUUUAAUUGAUAUUCUAACCCAGCGGUGCAAUGCGCAAAGGCAGAUGAUUGCACAGACCUAUCUAAGCGUAUAUAACAGGGAUUUGCUUGAAUCUCUGAAAGAGAACCUGGAUGGCCAUUUUAAAGAUGUUAUGGUUGGCUUGAUGUAUUCUCCCCCUGCCUAUGAUGCCCACGAACUCUGGCAUGCUAUGAAGGGAGCUGGAACAGAAGAAAACUGCCUCAUUGAUAUUUUAGCAUCAAGAACAACUUCUGAUAUAUUUCAAAUGAAAGAAGUCUACUUAAUGCAAUAUGGUAAUAACCUGGAUCAAGACAUAUAUUCAGAGACCUCAGGCCAUUUCAGAGAUGCUUUAAUAAACUUAGUUCAGGGAAUGAGAGAGGAAGGAUACACCGAUCCUGGCAUCGCAAUGCAGGAUGCCAUGGUUCUAUGGGAAGCAUGUCAAAGGCGAACAGGAGAGCACAAAAACAUGUUGCAAAUGAUCCUCUGUAAUAAAAGCCACCAGCAAUUGUUCAUGGAUUUUGAACAAUUUCAAAAUAUUUCUGGCCAAGACAUUGCGACAGCUAUUGCUGAAUGCUUUGAUGGAUACUUUCAAGAGCUUCUCUUGGCAAUAGUUUCCUGUGUUCGAGACAAACCAUCAUAUUUUGCGUACAGACUGCACUGUGCAAUUCAUGAUUUCGGUUUUCAUAACAAGACGGUAAUACGGAUACUGGUAGCUAGAAGUGAAAUAGACCUUAUGAACAUCAAACAGAGGUACAAGGAGAGAUAUGGAAAAUCUCUAUUUCAUGACAUUAAGAGGUUUGCUUCGGGACAUUAUGAAAAGGCCUUGCUUGCCAUCUGCUGUGGUGACGCAGAGGACUACUAAAAUAUGGUUUUAAACAAGACUACGCAGAUAAAGAUCUCAUAGAAAAGCUGAAAAUAUUUCUUUGUCUUGUUUAAAUAAAUCACAUGAAAUAUUAUCAAAAGUAAAUGCAAGAGUGGCAAUUUCAAAUAAACUAUAAUUUGAACAUUUA